AUGGCGAGCACAGCAGCUAAUGGUGCUACUUAUUGCCAUAUUGAUCUAAACUGGAAGUCAUGGGUACAUAUUCCUAUCACUCCUUUGAGGAUGACUAACCGAUGUGGGCUUAGGGCAUGGGGUAAAAUAUUGGACAGCCACUCAGGUGUCCGAUCACCAACUGCAGCAAUAGCCAGAGACCACCAGCACCAGUUACGCCUGUCCAGCCUGUCCGAUCGACCUAACAAGUCCACGCGAACCGACGAACACUUCCAGUGCAUCCACUGUGACAUGUCCCUCAAGACAAACGACAACAUGAACCAGCGCGUAAGGACAGCCCAAGGCUCGCCAUCCCCUGGCUAUUACAGUCACACCAAUUCCAUUGGUGGAAUAGGCAGUGGUGAUGCUAACGAAAGGCCACUGUUUAACGGCAGUUCCUCCUCGACGAUCGCCAAUGACGCAUACAACGAGACCAAGAAACGGCUCGGCAAACGCCAGCGCUCCAACGACAGUGACAACUCGAAGAAACAAGGUCAACGUGAAGAUCCCAUGAAGGUCGACGCGGAGAAGAAGAAGCGAGACAAGGUACCGACUAGCAAUGGAGGCAACCUGCACUCCCGCAACAACGGGCCUGGUGCUUCUCCGACGCGCAACGCGGUCGUAGGCUUCAGUAACCUUUUCCACCUGGACUUAACUUUGAAAAAAUUUCCCUUGAUACCACAACGCACAUGCGAGAGGACACUUCACCGGCCGGUCCCUGGCGCGAUUAUCAAUAACCUUUGCUCUAAGUGUCCUAGGGCUUUUCCCUGCCAGUCGGCGCUCGACGGUCACGAGAUUAACUGUGGAAUUGCAGCCACUGCCACCACUCACGACAACAACACCUGCAGUGACCUGAUUGGUACAGGAAAGGAGCACUUUUUCGCCAUGCUGGGUCUGCAGAGACUGUCCGCGAAUGUGGCUACGAGCACGAGCAGCAUCGUCGAGAAACACAACCACGACAAUCACCAAGGAGACCUGACUGACAUCCAGAACAUAACGAUGAACAUGACGGGGCACACGUCAAAUAGGCUGCAGUUGCACGAAAAAGCUGAAAUGCCCGACAAUUGUUCAGUGGGGCAGCAAGGAUCGUCUGAGGCUUGGGGCUCGUCGAGCACUUCCCAAUCCAGCAACAGGGAAGAGGAUGACCAGAACGCGAUUGCCUCCGAAAUUCGCGAGAUGAAGCUCAAGGGUGAAUAUUCCUGCCGGCUGUGCACUCGUGCGUUCACGAAUUCGCGGGCCCUUAAGGGCCACAAUCGAAUUCAUGUCAACACGAUACCCGGCAAGCCUUUCCCGUGCAACAUAUGCAAGCACAACUGCGUCACCAAGAACGCCUUGAAGGAACACAUGAGAUCGCACAACGGGCCGAGACCAUAUCAGUGCUCGAUCUGUAACUACCUUUUUACGACAAAGAGCAACUGCGAGAGGCACGUGAGGAACGUGCACGGUAAAAGGAGCCACGAGGUCAACAGUGUACUCAUCUACUGUCCGAGCGAGGACUCAGCUAACAACCAGGUCGACUCGAUGACUGCAUCGUCUCAAUCGCCUCGUGUGGCAGACAACGAUUCCUGGUACGAGAUACUCAAGGUCCUGGAGUACCAAAGUGACGUUUACGAUCAGUCACAGCAGAUCCAACAGCCGGUGCUGGUGACGGGGGUACCUCUUGCCAAGUAUCUGCCACAUGACGACUUUCAGAGGCCACCAGGUAUACAGCGGCACUUUAAUCAUACCAACAGAAUUAACGAGCUGCUGCAGCACCAGAGUGAUCAACCAAACGACGAUGAUUUUAACAACUCGUACGCUACGGAUUCCUUACUUUUAGUCGAACGCGACUCUGGGAGCUCUCCGUUGUCUGAUGAUGGCUCCGUCGAGCCCCUAGACCUUACGGUAGACCUCACCGUCUUAGAUCUCAGCAAAAAGAGCUCCUCAAACGCGACCAAGUGGCAGGAAAAUUGCAGCCGUGAGGCUAGCGUUGAAAUCGAAGAUAACAACACCACCACCACCAGUAAUACGAAGCAUCGUCACGAGGGCAAUAUUGACAACUCCUGCAAGCAGCAACAACAGCGAAAGAUGCUGCUUGCCCAGGCGUACAUGGAGGCAAACCAUAUGACGGUCCACCCAACCACGCUCGAGAGCCUUAACCCAAGGGCUUCCAUUGGUUUUCCAAAUGCCAGUUGCCUCAUGCUGCCAUUUGGUAGGCUCUUUGACUCACACCACUACCACCAGUUGUUUGCCGGUAACGCAUUGGACAUGACGAUCGAAGGACCCCUUUGCAGGGAGCCUGUUCUCGGCUUACAUACCUGUGAGGGUGGCCUAGUGGUGCAGAAGCGAAAACAGCGACGUUACCGUAACGAGCGGUCGUUCAAGUGCGAACACUGUGGUCAAGGGUUCACGUUACGCAGCAGCAUGAAGCGACACGUUAAAAAGCAACACCUGCAGUACUUGACGUUGUAG